AAGCCAGACGUGAAACUUCAGCCUGCCUGAGCAGCACGGACCCCUCCAGCUCCGACAAUCCCUGCCAGCACAUUCGGUGACCAAGUGAGAGGAGACUUCCAGGCAAACACCGCUUCUGACAUGCACUUUGAUAAAUCACCGAAGGAGAAGCCGUGUUGCACUCUGCCUACAGUGAAGAAACUUCUGGAGCAGAAGCGGAAGCGUGAGACGUCCUCGGUGCCGCCGUCCUGCUCUGCAGCCAGCCUCAGCCCUGCUCCUCCUGCUGCUGUCACGUUUUCUCCAUCAGAGUCAUUUACCUAUUCAGGUGCAGCAAGCAGCUACCCAGACAUGGCAGUGAGCUACGAGCCUUGGAACGCACCCCAGGAUUCCACGCUCGGCUACUACCCCGGCCUUCCAGGACCCAGCUACCCACAACCCUACAGCCUCCCCAUGGCGUCUGAGUACAGCGCCCAGCAGCAGGUGCCGGGAUUCGGAGACGCAGUGUCUCAGGCUCACGUCUCAUAUUGCCCGGGGCCGGCCGUGGAUCUCAGCGUGACUCCUCCCUGGACCCUGGUGGAUCCCGCUCAGACCGCGCAGGUGGGAUACUGCCCCUCCAUGGAUGCCGGGAAGCUGGAGGAGGCCCGGAUGCUGCUGAACGGGAUGGACUACAGCAGAACCACCUGCCAGGAUGAAGACGGAGACACCAUCCUGCACAUCUACACCGCCAAGGGACUGAGGGAAUACGCCUUCGCCGCUGCAGAGAGGCUGAGAGACAUAGGAAAGCUUGAUGCCAAAGAACACAAGGGAAAGACCGCCUUACUGGUAGCAGCGACAGCGAACCAGCCGGAGAUCCUGCAGGACCUGCUGUCAUUAGGAGCGGAUAUCAACGCCUGCGACGUUAAAGGACAAACCGCCCUUCACUUGGCGGCUCAGUAUGGAUACCCCGAGGUCCUCCAGGCGAUUCUGUCCAGCAGGUCGGCCUUCGACCUGGAGACCCGCAAUUUUGAAGGUAUGACUCCGUUGCACUGCGCGGCCAUUUCCCACAGCGUCACCGUGAAGGCCUUGUCCACCGUCGGCCUGGCUGACGUCAAUCUUCAGACCAAGGCGACCGAGAAGCUGUCCUGUGUGCAGAUGUUACUCACCGCGAGGGCGUCCCUAACCAGCCAGGAAAUCAAAAGUAACAAGACUGUGCUGCACUUGGCGGUGAAGGAAGGGAAUAUAGAUCUGGUGCGCUAUCUGAUGAGGAUUCCCCUGCCAAACAUGAAAGACUUUGUGAAUAUGAAAGCUCACGGACACACAGCUUUACACAUGGCGGCCGGACUCCACAACAACCCCCACCAGGAGGAGAUCCUGCAGCUGCUGCUGAGCCGAGGAGCCGACCCCAGCAUCCGCAACCUGGAGAACGACCAGCCGGCCCACCUGCUGCAGAGCGGCGCGCAGGGCGAGCAGCUCAGGCUCAUGCUGAAGAAACGGAGCGCCUCCUCCCGCCGACGUAUCGUGUCCUUGCAGGACCAGGAAUGAUUUAAAAGCACCUGUAAUCCCCAUUUAGAGGGAGCGAGUCUUAAAGAUGGUUCCUCUGUUGAGCAGGGGAUUUACACAUCAUUGUGAUGAGACUGUGGGAGUCCCUGGCCUUUUUACCGACCGAGAAACUCAUUCUGGAGCAUUGAUCUCUGGAUACAACGUUCUGUUUGAUAAACAAUAUUUCAAGAUGAAACUAUGCUUACUGUAAAAGCUAUCGACGCUUUAUUUAUCCCUCUACGUUCAGGGUGAGGUUUUCAUGUGUGGGUGAAACAUUUUAUUUCAAAAUGUCAUUGAAAAGUCUUGUUUAAGAUUUUAAAUGAUUUGUGUAUUUCUAGAAAUCUUAUUUUUUUCAUAUUGAAAUAGAAAGCAUUAGAUAUGCAGGUACUUUCAAAGUUAGAACAAAAGGAAAUGUUAUUUUUUUCAUAAUUUAAACUUGUGUUAUAUGGAUUCAUCACAAUCAAAGUUUUAAAAAAGGUAGUAACUUUUAUUUAGAGUAGUUUCAGUCAUUCUAUUUUAAAUAGAUACACCUAUUUAUGCACUGAAGGAAAGUGGAUUAAUGUUCAUUUUCCAAGUCGGCUACACUCCCACUUGUAGAACGUUGAUUUCUGUGAAAUCGUGAGACGAUGCUUUGGGACCAUGUCCCUGAAUCCCCUCUGAUUCUCACCUUCAGUAAGUUAUCAUAGUGAUACACUGCCUUUUGAUUUCAGUCAGCAUGUAUGCUCAUGUUAAGAUUGCAUGUGGGAGGAACCUCUCGCUUAAGUUGAUGCUUCUCUUCUGCGCUCAUCAUCCAUCUGUGAGAUGAGGUGCAACUUUCUGAGCGGAAAACGAACCUUUACUGUGUAAAAUUGCCAUGUUUGUGAAAGUGAUGUUUUUUUCCCUGUCAUAGAGGCGUUGCACGAGUACGUGCGAUGACAAGUUGUCUGUCUGCUGUCUGUAGAUUUUAGUAAUGAGUCAUCAGGAAAAGUACAAUAACACUGGUUAAGUUCACUUUUUAUAAGAAUCAGACUAAAAUCUUAAGUGUCUCAUUCACUCAUAGUUCUCGCUCUCUCUCAUAUGUACAUAUAUAUAUAUAUAUAUAUAUAUAUAUAUAUACAUACAUAUAUACACAUAUAUAUAUAUACAUAUGUAUGUAUACUGGAAAUCGGUUUUUACAUUUACACUAAAAGAGUAUUUAUUCCUUAUUCAUUAUAUUUAGUAAGUAAGAGUGAAAUGUGGCCAUGGAUGAUUCAUUCGGGUGACACAUUUCUCUCCUGUGUGUCAUCUCUGAUAUGACACACGAUGUAAAUUCCUGCAAAGCCAAACAAAAGAUCAAUCACACAGGUAAACCACAUCACCCUAAUUCUUUCUUUGCUUUGAUGUAGCUCUGAACAACAUCAUUUCUGAUUCAUAGAGCUUUUAUGAUCAUUGAAUGUGCUCUUGAUAACGUGUUUGAUUCAACAAGAUCAUUUUUUGAUAGUAGCCUGUCUCUGUCCGUGGGAAGUUCAGGAAAUAUAUUUUUAAUUAUUUUUUAUGCUUUAACGUAACAAAAUGUACUUUUCAGUAAAUUCUCAGUGUGUAAACCAGUGGUUUUCGAAGUGUCGGGUAGUUUAAAUUAAACCUUAAUUAUGAAGGUUUUAUCAGUUCUAAACCAUACAUGAAGAAUACCCAGCUAUGAAAAGUAAUGUUUUUUUUUUAUUGUUGUUUAUGGAUUCUAACUUCUAUUAAAAGUUCUAUAAAGCUAAAUAAAUGAGCUAAAUAAAGGUCAGUGUGUGAAUCAAGCUCUUUGAGGCUCUCGUUCUCAACACUUUGACAACAUCUUAAACCACUGAUGCUCAACAUUUCUGAAUAUUCUUAACAUGUAUCAAUGAUCUGCUGUAUUUAUUAUAUAUUUUUUUUCAUUCCCAUUAUUCUGUUCAACUCUUUGUUUUUUUCAAAUGGAACAAAAAAAGAUGCUGAGCUGAAAACAAACUGAUCAAAACUCUAUUGAUACACAGGGACAGAUUUAUA